AUGACUUUGUCGCUGCCUGAGAUCAGGCUUCCCUCGCCGCCGCUCCUCAGCGGCCUACUGAUCGCCGGCUUUGUCCUCUUGUUGGCCAGGGCGUACCACGGAUGGCGACGCCUCUCUCACAUCCCGGGCCCGUUCCUAUGGUCGCUCUCACCGUUCCCGCUGCUCAGGGCCAACCUCAUCGGCCAAUCCCAUCAGAUCCUCAGUGAUUUGACCACCGAAUAUGGCCCGCUCGUCCGCAUCGGGCCCAAUGCCGUCCUGACGACUGACUACCGGCACUGCCAGAAGAUGGAAGCCCACAAGUCGCCCUAUCGCAAGGGCCCUUGGUAUGGCACCUUUCGGUUUCAGAAGGGCGUUGACCACUCGUUCGCCAUGCUGGAUGAGGCCAGGCACACGGCUCUGCGGACCAAGGUCGGGCAUGGCUACUCUGGGACCAUGCUCGUGGUACGCCGUGCUUUGCGUGCCAAGGCUGAUAACAACGGUGACCAGGAACAAGCCAUCGACCGGCAGCUGGAGCGCUUCUUCCGCAUCAUCGACGGGCAGUACAUCACGACGCCGUCUGACCACAAGCCCCUAGACCUGUCCGUCAUCACGCAGUUUCUCGCCCUCGACAUUGUCGGGGACAUGACGUUUGGCAAACCCUUUGGCUUCCUCGACAAGGGCGAAGACAUCUAUGACUGGAUCAAGUGGAACGAGGGCUUCUUCCCCAUCGCCUCCACCGCCGCCACGCUCCCGUUCCUCGCCAGCCUCGUCCAGAAGUGGCCCUUUUCCGAGGCGCUGCCCAAGCCCACCGACAAGGAUGUGUGUCAGACUAACAGUCCCCGGCGCAGGGCGGCUCAGGACACGCUCGACGAGCGGUUCGAGCCGGGCGCGCAGCCGAGAAACGACAUGAUCGCUCAGUUCCUCAAGCACGGCGCUACCAAAGCGGAAGCAACCAGCGAGGCCCUGGUCCAAGUCCAGGCUAACAGGGCGCGCGCCUUCCUCGACAGCGUCGCCGGCACGGAUUCCGUAGCCGUGGCCCUGCGCAUGGCUGUGCUCUACGUCCUCUCGACGCCGCGGGUCUACUACCGCCUGCUGUCAGAGAUCGAGGGCGCCGCCGCCAAGGGCGAGGUCAGCUCGCCGAUCAGGGAUGCCGAGGCCAAGAAGUUGCCGUACCUGCAGGCCGUGAUCCGCGAGGCAUGCGCAUCUUUGCCUCGCAGACGCCCCUCCUCAACAAGACGGUUCCGCCUGGCGGGGAUGUCGUUGCUGCUCUUGCGACGAUACGACUUUACGAUCAAUGACCCGACCCUCCCGGUGAGGAAACUUCACAGCGCUGCUUUCUGGAUGAUGGAAGGUUUCUGGGUCACUGUUGGGCAGAGACAGACCCAGUGA